AUGGACAAGGAGCAGCAGAUAGCCCCAUCAGCUGGCCAGAAAGGUGAAGAGCAGCACGCCAUUGACGUCGGCACCGGCGAGCAUGGAGACGGCGGCGGAGGCAUCGCCGGUGACGCUGCAGAGGCGUCGGAGAACGAGCGGUUGGCUCUUGUGGAGGAGCCUGGGAAGAAGAAGAGCACGAGGGUGGCCGCUCUUGAUGCCUUUAGAGGGCUAACCAUUGUGCUGAUGAUACUGGUGGAUGAUGCCGGUGGGGCUUACGAACGGAUGGACCAUUCACCGUGGAAUGGAUGCACUCUGGCAGAUUUCGUCAUGCCAUUCUUCCUCUUCAUCGUCGGCAUCGCAAUCGCCUUCGCAUUGAAGAGGGUUCCAAAGUUGGGUGCUACCAUGAAGAAGAUCACCAUCAGAACACUGAAAAUGCUCUUCUGGGGCCUGCUACUGCAAGGUGGAUACUCGCAUGCACCGGAUGAUCUGUCUUAUGGAGUGGACAUGAAGAAGAUAAGAUGGUGUGGCAUCCUCCAGAGAAUAGCUUUGGUGUACUUUGUGGUUGCUCUAAUAGAGGCAUUCACAACAAAAGUUCGGCCUACGACAGUUCGGUCGGGUCCUUAUGCAAUCUUCCACGCAUACCGCUGGCAAUGGCUAGGCGGUUUCAUUGCAUUUGUCAUAUACAUGGUCACAACAUUCUCUCUAUAUGUUCCGGAUUGGAGCUAUGUCUACCACAUCGAUGGCGAUGUUAACGAUGGCAAGCAAUUUACGAUACAAUGUGGUGUUAGAGGUCAUCUAGACCCUGCCUGCAAUGCAGUUGGUCAUGUUGAUAGGAUGGUUUGGGGAAUUAAUCAUCUCUAUAUGCAACCAGUUUGGAUUAGAUCAAAGGAUUGUACAUUUAGCUCACCGAGGACAGGUCCUCUCCGAACUGACGCUCCAUCAUGGUGUCUUGGGCCUUUUGAACCAGAAGGCUUAUUAAGUUCAAUUUCAUCAAUUCUGUCAGGAACAAUUGGGAUCCAUUACGGACAUGUUCUCAUUCAUUUCAAGACCCACAAAGAGAGACUGAAACACUGGCUUCUGAUGGGUUUUUCUCUCCUUGUUCUCGGCAUUCUUCUGCACUUCACAAAUGCCAUUCCAAUCAACAAGCAACUCUACAGCUUCAGCUAUGUCUGCUUCACGGCUGGUGCAGCUGGAGUUGUUCUCUCAGCUUUUUACAUUUUGAUUGAUGUCUGGGGGUUUAGAACACCAUUUUUGUUCCUGGAGUGGAUUGGCAUGAAUGCCAUGCUUGUGUUUGUUCUAGCAGCACAGGCUAUAUUUCCAGCAUUUGUCAAUGGAUGGUACUAUGAUUCACCAGGAAAUACUCUUGUUAGUUGGAUCCAGAAGCAUGUGUUUAUUAAUGUAUGGCACUCACAACGGUUGGGAACUCUGCUGUAUGUCAUAUUUGGAGAGAUUGUCUUCUGGGGUGUUGUGUCAGGCAUCUUGCACAAACUAGGAAUUUAUUGGAAACUAUGA